AUGUUUGCUCGCUCACUAGCUCUGAAUGUCACCCGCCAGGCCGCCCGACCGGCCAUGCGCGGCGCCGCCACAUCCCUCGGGCGCUUCAGCCCAGCCGCGGCCCCCAAGUUCCUCACACCAAUGCAGGUCCGCCUGCUAUCCGACAAGACACGUGCCGCCAUCGACGAAGCCGUCGGCUCAGCCCCCGUAGUGCUCUUCAUGAAGGGCACUCCAGAGACACCCCAGUGUGGUUUCUCGCGCGCUGCCAUCCAGAUCCUCGGCGUGCAGGGCGUCAACCCGGAAAAGUUCGCUGCCUUUAACGUGCUGGAGGAUCAGGAGCUGCGCGAGGGCAUCAAGGAGUACUCGGACUGGCCCACUAUUCCGCAACUCUACAUUGAAAAUGAGUUUGUGGGUGGAUGCGAUAUCUUGGUCUCGAUGCACAAGAACGGCGACCUGGCCAAGAUGCUGGAUGAGAAGAAGCUGGUUGUCGAAGGCGAGGAGUAG